CUGGCUUGUGCCAUACUUGUGCUGUUGUGCACGCAUGAUCGCCGGGAGUUGCCACCGCGAUGUCUUCCUCAAGCUUGACAUGUAAGAUUGGACCUUCCAUCCUCAAUGCGGACCUGGCCAACAUCUACGAGGAGUCUCAGAAGCUACUGGAGAGCGGAGCUGACUACCUGCACUUGGAUGUCAUGGACGGGCACUUCGUGCCUAACCUGACUUUCGGUCACCCCGUGGUCAAGUGUCUCAAGAGUAAACUUCCCAAGACUUUCUUCGAUAUGCACAUGAUGGUUCUCGCCCCCGAAAAGUGGGUGUCUCCUAUGGCAGAUGCGGGUGCAGACCAGUACACCUUCCACUACGAAGCCACAUCAGAUCCCACGGGACUGGUCCGCAAGAUCAGGGAAGCCGGCAUGAAGGUGGGUGUCGGCAUCAAACCCAAUACGCCGGUAGAUGUGCUGCUGCCUCUGGUGGACCAGGUGGACAUGGUGCUGAUCAUGACCGUGGAGCCCGGAUUUGGAGGACAGAGCUUCAUGUCCGACAUGAUGCCCAAGGUUCAGCUUUUACGCUCCAAAUUCAAGGACCUGGACAUUGAGGUCGAUGGUGGAGUCGGACCCAACACAAUCCAGGAAUGUGCUCAGGCUGGAGCCAACAUGAUAGUUUCUGGAACAGCCAUCACGAAGAGUGAGGAUCCCAGGGAGGUGAUAAGGACCCUACGCCAAGCUGUCAACCACGUCAUCGAGGCGAGGGACCUGAGGAGAUGACCGAGACCUGACUGAAAAAUGUUACUCUAUAAAAGAAAAUAUAUAUACUUCUGUUUGGCUACCCAAGAAAAUGUACCGGCCCUACUUCCACUAUUGGAAAUGUUGUGAUGGGGCCAAGCACAUUGCAUAGAUACGUGAAAUGUUUGAAUUUUAUCUUUUAAUAAAAAAAUGAUUACCGAUUGCAUU